AUGAAACUCCACGUUGCAGCUAUCCUCGUCAUCUUCUGGCUUGGUGUCUUCUCUGCGCACACAGUGAAAGGGGGCAUUGCAAGUCAGUCCAUGCAAAAAAUCAGUUGCGUAAACCUGUCUACAGAGCAACUGAACAUCCGAAAGCUUGUCAGCUAUGAAAAGCAACAAGUUCCAGUAGAAGCCAUCAUGUUUAUCACCACAAGAGGUAUCAAGAUCUGCGUAAGCCCCAAGCACAAAUGGGUGCAGGCUGCUAUGAAGAAGAUAGACCAAAAACGUAUCACCAAAGGCAGAUAA